GAUGCUCAAUUGGACCAUGAUAGUAUAAUUCUUCAUCUUUUCACAAUUCACAGCAUCAACUGGCCCUACAACACCCGAUUCUGAUUCGUUAAUUCUCCAGAUUUAUGCUUAUAAUUCUUGAAAUAGAAUAGAACACCUAGAAAGAAAAAAAAGAUAUAAACAGGGAAAAAUUAGUAUUCGUUAGUUUGCCCAGAAAACUGAAAAGUGCAAUCUUUGGUGAAGUAGUAGAGUGUAAGGUCUAGCAUUAUUUGCUAUAGCACACAUCAACAAUGGCGGAUUCCAUAUCUUCAAUUCCAACAAAACCCACAAUUACUCAUGUAUUAUUCGAUAUGGAUGGUCUUUUACUAGAUACUGAGAAGUUUUACACUGAAGUUCAAGAACAAAUACUGGCUAGAUACAAUAAAACCUUCGAUUGGUCUCUCAAAGCAAAAAUGAUGGGGAGAAAAGCCAUUGAAGCUGCUAGAAUCUUUGUGGAAGAGACUGGAAUUAGUGACUCUCUUUCAGCUGAGGACUUCCUUGUAGAAAGGGAGGCAAUGCUGCAGAGCUUGUUUCCGACAAGUGAGCUAAUGCCAGGAGCCAGCAGGUUGAUCAAACAUUUGCAUGCACAUGGAGUACCAAUCUGCGUAGCGACUGGCUCACAUAAACGGCAUUUUAUGCUGAAGACUCAAAGACAUGGAGAAUUAUUUGCUUUAAUGCAUCAUAUUGUUCUUGGAGAUGACCCAGAAGUUAAGCAAGGAAAACCAUCUCCUGAUGGAUUUCUAGCAGCUGCCAGAAGAUUUGAGGAUGGACCUGUAGAUCCAAAAAAAUGUCUUGUAUUUGAAGAUGCACCAUCAGGAGUUCAAGCUGGUAAAAAUGCUGGAAUGUCUGUGGUUAUGGUUCCUGACCCAAGGCUGGACAGCUCUUUUCACGGAGUUGCUGAUCAAGUUCUGGAAUCCUUAAUGAACUUCAAUCCUGCUGAGUGGGGCUUGCCUCCUUUCGAAUGCUAAGCUUAACAAUCAAUGUCGAUCAUUGAUGUUACCCCACAUUUAAUCUCUGCACAAGCUGUAGGAAUGGCAUAUACUGAUGCUAAUUGGAGUUCAGGAUAUAUAGACCAGUUUCAGCUGGUGUUAAUAUCUUUAGCUUUCAUUUGCGAUUUUCUUACUAAAUACUAUUAUAAAAACUAUUUCCAGGGAUAUUUGUCUCCAUAAUUUAUGGAAGGUUGAAAUUUGGACAGAUGAUCUGCUGAUCUACACUUUAUUUGCCAGUUUCCAACACAUUGGAUGACUCCAAGAUUGCUCCUUUUUAUGUUUUGUAAGCAGUAAUAAACAUAUUUUACCUGAGGGUGUAGUUCUCAAAAUUCACUGAUUUUGAGCAGAGAUGUCAACUUUUAUUAUUUGUCCUACCUAUAGUAAAUUAAACAUAAUAUUCUAAGCAUUUAUAAGAAACAUCUGUAGUUCUUCUGAAGUA